AUGGCACAACCAAAAGUCAAUGUUCCUCCCAUGAAAGAUCUCACAAUCGAUAACAUCACCGAAAAUACCAUCUUAACCAACUCACAAUGUCCAGAUCAGCGUCUCACAUAUCUCAUGGAGAGAUUGGUCACCCAUCUACACGAUUUCGCGCGGGAGACCAGAUUGAGCACGAAGGAAUGGAUGGCGGCGCUGGAUUUCUUGGUUGGUGUGGGACAGAUUUCGAGUGAUGUGCGACAUGAAUUCAUCCUCCUCUCCGACAUCCUCGGCCUCUCUCUUCUCAUCGACGCAAUCAACCACCCCAAACCUCCCUCCUCCACUGAAGGCUCCGUCCUCGGUCCCUUCCACACCCACGACCCCCCUUCCAUCGCGAAUGGCGAAACGAUCUCUUCUGAUCCAGCCGGUGAACCGCUGCUAGUUCUCUGCACCGUUAAAGAUCGCGAUGGAAAUCCGAUUGAAGACGUCAAGAUUGAUAUCUGGGAGACGGAUAGCUCGGGGCAUUAUGAUGUGCAAUACGCUGAGUCCAAGGGCGCGGAUGGGAGGUGCGUUAUGAGAAGUGAUAAGGAUGGGAAGUUUUGGUUCAAAGCUAUUGUUCCUGUUCCGUACCCCAUCCCCGGCGACGGUCCGGUGGGAAAGUUAUUGGGUAUGCUAGGACGACAUAACUGGCGGCCCGCGCACCUGCAUUUCAUGUUUGCGAAACAAGGAUGGGAUCACCUCGUCACGGCGCUUUAUGUGAAGGGCGAUCCGUAUGAGACGUCUGAUGCGGUGUUUGGGGUUAAGGAGAGCUUGAUCGUGGAGUUUGGGACUGUGACGGGGGAGGAGAGGGAGAUGUAUGGGGUGAACGAGGGGUGUAAGGUUUUGAGACAUGCGUUUGUGCUUGUGGGGGAGGAGGAGACGGAUAGUUUGAGGGAUCGGAAUGCGAGAGAGGCGUUGGAGAAGUUGGGGAGGAGGGUUAGGUUGGUGGAGGGACUGCCGGUGCCUGAUGUUGAUUAG